AUGAGGACCGCCAGCCCCUAGAGCCAAGGGGCAAUUCAGGGGACUGCCGGGGCGCCCGGGGCUCCGUUUGCCCGGUGAAGGAGCCAACAUGGCGAGCGACUCCCCGGCUCGCAGCCUGGACGAGAUCGAUCUCUCGGCUCUGAGGGACCCUGCAGGGAUCUUUGAAUUGGUGGAGCUUGUUGGGAAUGGAACCUAUGGCCAAGUCUAUAAGGGUCGUCAUGUUAAAACUGGACAGCUUGCUGCUAUUAAAGUCAUGGAUGUCACUGGGGAUGAGGAGGAGGAAAUCAAACAAGAAAUUAACAUGUUGAAGAAAUAUUCUCAUCACAGAAAUAUUGCUACUUACUAUGGAGCUUUUAUUAAGAAGAAUCCCCCAGGGAUGGAUGACCAGCUCUGGCUGGUGAUGGAAUUCUGUGGUGCGGGCUCUGUCACAGAUCUGAUCAAGAAUACAAAAGGCAACACAUUGAAGGAGGAGUGGAUCGCGUACAUCUGCCGGGAGAUCUUACGGGGCCUGAGUCACCUGCAUCAACACAAAGUGAUUCAUCGUGACAUUAAAGGGCAGAAUGUCUUGCUGACUGAGAAUGCCGAAGUAAAACUAGUGGAUUUUGGCGUCAGUGCCCAGUUAGACCGAACAGUAGGUCGAAGAAAUACAUUCAUUGGCACGCCCUACUGGAUGGCCCCAGAAGUUAUUGCCUGUGAUGAGAAUCCUGAUGCCACCUAUGACUUCAAGAGUGACUUGUGGUCUUUGGGAAUCACAGCCAUUGAAAUGGCAGAAGGUGCCCCCCCUCUUUGUGACAUGCAUCCCAUGAGAGCUCUGUUCUUAAUUCCCCGGAACCCUGCCCCGCGGCUGAAGUCUAAGAAAUGGUCUAAAAAAUUCCAGUCUUUCAUCGAGAGCUGCUUAGUAAAGAACCAUAGUCAAAGACCCACCACAGAACAGCUCAUGAAGCAUCCAUUUAUAAGAGACCAACCUAACGAGCGACAGGUCCGAAUUCAGCUCAAGGAUCACAUCGACAGGACAAAGAAGAAGCGAGGAGAGAAAGAUGAGACUGAGUAUGAAUACAGUGGCAGUGAAGAAGAAGAGGAGGAAAAUGACUCUGGAGAGCCCAGCUCCAUCCUGAACCUGCCUGGCGAAUCCACCUUGAGACGCGACUUCUUGCGCCUUCAGUUGGCCAACAAGGAGCGCUCGGAGGCCCUCCGGCGGCAGCAGCUGGAACAGCAGCAGCGAGAGAAUGAGGAGCACAAGCGCCAGCUGCUGGCAGAGCGUCAGAAGCGCAUCGAGGAGCAGAAAGAGCAGCGCCGUCGGCUGGAGGAGCAGCAAAGGAGAGAGAAGGAGCUGAGGAAACAGCAGGAGAGAGAGCAGCGUAGACACUAUGAGGAACAAAUCCGCCGUGAGGAAGAAAGGAGGCGGGCAGAACAUGAGCAGGAGUAUAAACGCAAACAGCUGGAAGAACAGAGACAGGCUGAACGACUGCAGAGGCAGCUCCAGCAGGAAAGGGACUAUUUGGUGUCUCUUCAACAGCAGCAACAGCAACAGCGUCAAGACCAGAGGCCAGGAGAAAAGAAGCCACUGUACCAUUACAAAGAAGGGAUGAAUCCCAGUGAGAAGCCAGCCUGGGCCAAGGAGGUACAGAAAUGGCCCCUUAAUAACUCGCCCAUUCUUCCAGCUAAGUGGACCCACUGUGCUGUCAGCCAGCAGCUGGCAUGCCUUGUGACCAGGAGAGAUAUGUCACUGUCACCCACUACAGAGCCUUCUACUACCUAUGCCAAGCUGAUACCCUUGGUUAAGCCUGAAUCACGCCCUAUGCCUAAGGCAGGUGCUCAGAAAGCUAAUGGAUUAUCUUCCACUGCCGUGAUGUCAGUGGCUCCUGUGGUCACAAAGAAUUCCAAAUCAAGACACCUGGUAGAGCAGCAUCCAACACAGAAGAAAGCCAUAACCACUGGUCAGGCUAAGCUUGGCCUUCAAGAGCAAGAGCUGAAGUCUCGAGAAGCCACAAGGACUAUAGUGGUAACAUGCCCCAAACGAUCUCACUCACAAGAACAUGGCCCAUGUAGGGAUGCAGGCACUGAGCUCAUCGCUGCUUCCUCUCCAAGUAUUUCCAAAAUAAUGGGCCCUGGUUUGGCCAAUAGGAGAAUUUGGAAGGAUUUUGGAGAACCCACUGGGAUCUGGGGAAGAAAGUCUAUGAACUCAUACAUAUUUACAAGUGCCUUUUCUCCUCUUAGGAAUGUAAGAUCCCUCGGUGACAUCUCCUUGGGGCCUGAACACUUUAAUCUAAGUGUUUCCAGCCCCAAGUAUGACUUCAGAAGAGUGAAUAAGAAAGUGCUUCUUGAAAAUCACCUCAUUCCCUGGAGAAGCAACCCAAAAUUUCUUCUCUCUCCAACACAGCUUUUCCAUGCACAUAUUCAAAGGAAGACAGAGAAAAGCCUGGAGCAAUUUCUUCUUCCUUCCUUAGGUCUCUACCAAGCACGAUCUCACCUGAAUUUAUCCACAUUGGCCCCUUUAUUUUCAGGUUUCCAUUUGUCCUCCUCACAGAACUUCUUGGCCUAUGCCCACCCUGCAGAUCUAGCUCCUCUUCCGGCAGCCUUCAGGAGUAACCAUGUAGCCAAUGGGAAAUCCUCAUGGAUUCCAAUGAUACCAUUUUCUAGCCCUUCUUGCUGUUCAUCCCUACUUCCUUUGCAAGCUCCUUGCAGUAAGAAAGCUGUCACUGUUGGGCCCAUGAAUGGCAAGAGAAUCAUGUCAUUGAGCACUCCUGAUGUGAGGUUUGCCAGACACCACGACUCUGAGCCCCCACUGGUGGAAGAACGUUCUAGACUCAACCGGCAGAGCUCCCCUGCCAUGCCACACAAGGUUGCUAACCGGAUAUCUGACCCCAAUCUGCCCCCUCGAUCUGAGUCGUUUAGUAUUAGUGGGGUGCAGCCUGCUCGGACGCCACCUAUGCUUAGACCAGUGGAUGCCCAGAUUCCACAUCUGGUAACGGUGAAAUCCCAAGGACCCUCCCUCUCUGCCUCUCAGUCAGUGCAUGAGCAACCCACAAAGGGGAUAGCAGGGUUCCAGGAGGCUCUGACGGUGACGUCUCACCGUGCUGAGAUGCCACGGCAGAACUCGGAUCCCACCUCUGAAAACCCUCCUCUCCCCCCACGCAUUGAAAAGUUUGACCGAAGCUCUUGGUUACGGCAGGAGGAAGACAUUCCACCAAAGGUGCCUCAACGAACAACUUCCAUAUCACCAGCAUUAGCCAGGAAGAACUCCCCUGGCAAUGGAAAUGCACUGGGACCCAGACUUGGAUCACAGCCCAUUAGAGCAAGCAACCCUGACCUGCGGAGAACUGAGCCCAUCCUGGAAAGUCCCUUGCAGAGGACCAGCAGUGGCAGCUCCUCCAGCUCCAGCACGCCAAGUUCUCAGCCUAGCUCCCAGGGAGGUUCCCAGCCAGGCUCUCAAGCUGGGUCUAGUGAACGGAACAGAGUUCGAGCUAACACGAAAUCUGAAGGAUCACCUGUACUUCCUCAUGAACCACCCAAGGUGAAGCCAGAAGAAUCAAGGGAUAUCACCCGGCCUGGUCGACCAGCAGACCUGACUGCACUAGCCAAAGAAUUAAGGGAACUCCGAAUUGAGGAAACUAACCGGCCCCUGAAGAAGGUGACUGAUUAUUCUUCUUCCAGUGAGGAAUCAGAAAGCAGUGAAGAGGAGGAAGAAGACGGAGAAAGUGAGACACAUGAUGGGACAGUGCCUGUCAGUGACAUCCCCAGGCUCAUACCCACAGGAGCUCCAGCAAGUAAUGAACAGUACAAUAUGGCGAUGGUUGGAACCCAUGGCCUGGAGACCUCUCACGCAGACACAUUUAGCAGCAUUUCGAGAGAAGGAACUUUAAUGAUAAGAGAGUCAUCCGGAGAGAAAAAACGUUCCGGGCACACUGAUAGCAAUGGUUUUGCUGGUCACAUCAACCUCCCUGAUCUGGUGCAGCAAAGUCAUUCUCCUGCAGGGACACCGACUGAGGCCCUUGGGCGUGUCUCAACUCAUCAACAAGACAUGGAUUCUGUGACUGAAUACGCUGUGGGGAGCGGCACCAAAGCCUCCUUCACCCCGUUUGUUGACCCCAGAGUGUACCAGACGUCCCCCACUGAUGACGACGAGGAUGACGAUGAGGAAUCUUCGGCCACGGCUCUAUUUACCAGUGAGCUACUAAGGCAAGAACAAGCCAAGCUCAAUGAAGCCAGGAAGAUUUCAGUGGUCAACGUGAACCCGACGAACAUUCGGCCUCACAGCGACACACCUGAGAUUCGGAAAUACAAGAAACGCUUCAACUCCGAAAUCCUUUGUGCUGCUCUGUGGGGUGUAAACCUCCUGGUGGGAACAGAAAAUGGACUGAUGCUCUUAGACCGAAGUGGGCAAGGGAAGGUCUACAGCUUGAUCAACAGGAGGCGAUUUCAGCAGAUGGACGUGUUGGAGGGCCUUAAUGUCCUCGUGACAAUAUCAGGAAAGAAGAAUAAACUACGAGUUUACUAUCUAUCUUGGUUAAGAAAUCGAAUCCUGCACAAUGAUCCUGAAGUUGAAAAGAAACAAGGCUGGAUCACUGUUGGGGACUUGGAAGGCUGUAUACAUUACAAAGUCGUGAAAUAUGAACGGAUCAAAUUCUUGGUGAUUGCCUUGAAGAAUGCCGUGGAGAUAUAUGCGUGGGCUCCUAAGCCAUACCACAAGUUCAUGGCAUUUAAGUCUUUUGCAGAUCUCCAGCACAAGCCCCUACUUGUUGACCUUACAGUAGAAGAAGGUCAAAGGUUAAAGGUUAUUUUUGGAUCACACACUGGUUUCCACGUGAUUGAUGUAGAUUCGGGAAAUUCUUAUGAUAUCUACAUCCCGUCCCAUAUUCAGGGUAAUAUCACUCCUCAUGCUAUUGUCAUCCUACCUAAAACGGAUGGAAUGGAAAUGCUCGUUUGCUAUGAGGAUGAGGGGGUGUACGUGAACACCUAUGGCCGGAUCACUAAAGAUGUGGUGCUCCAGUGGGGAGAAAUGCCCACCUCUGUGGCCUACAUUCAUUCCAAUCAAAUAAUGGGCUGGGGAGAGAAAGCUAUUGAGAUCCGUUCAGUGGAAACAGGACAUUUGGAUGGAGUAUUUAUGCAUAAGCGAGCUCAAAGGUUAAAGUUUCUAUGUGAAAGAAAUGAUAAGGUAUUUUUUGCAUCCGUGCGAUCUGGAGGAAGUAGCCAAGUGUUUUUCAUGACCCUCAACAGAAAUUCCAUGAUGAACUGGUAGCAGAUGAACACUUGGCACUCAUCAUCAUGGCGUUGUUUCUCUAUUAAAAGAACAUGACACGUGUGGACUUAUGCCAGUCUAGAGGCAGAUACAGAAGGCUUGGUUGAACGCACUGCUUCCCCCUUCCUCCACUCCCACCUCUCCCUUCCCUUCUCACACCCUCUUCUCCCACCAUAUACAGUCCAUCCUUCAUUGUUGCAGCCUGUUUGAGAAAGAGAGAGAGACAAGAGGGAGGAAUUUCUCGGAGAGCACCAAGAAUGCGGCACUGUCUCUGAACAGAGAUGGACCAUGAGCACUUCGGCGCUGGGGAUGUAAACAUUGUGUGGUCUUUUAUUCUGCUGUGUUACAGUGGGUUAUGACUCUUUGCUUUAAAAAAAAAAAAAAAAACAAAGCUUCUUGGUCCCUUACUUUAUAUGAAUGGGGAAGGAAAUGGUGUUGAAAAAAAUGAAUCUUCUUCGGAUUCUGUCUGCCUGCUAGCGUUAAGUAUGCAGAAUGUUGUAAAAUUACCAAUUUUGAAUGGUGAGAGACAGCACAAUAAAUGUACCUUAUCUCUCUCCUCUGAAGGCCAUAACUGUAUAGCUGGGUAAUUUUAGCAAUCUUUUGCCUUCACCAACCUAAAGGUUGAUUUUUGACAGCAACUAGUUAAUGAAUUUUUAAAAAGAGAAGAAAAAUACUAGUUUUUCCCCUCUUUUGGGAAAUAGAUUUUAAAUGGCUAAACUACUAGCCUUAGACUAAUAAAUCAACUACCAUUUUUGUCAGUCUGUCAGUCCAUAUUUUCAUAUGGACCUUACAUAAUGGUGCGUGUUGAUGGGGUAGUAGUGCCAUAUGGUUGAGUUGGCUCUGGAGAUGGAGGGAAUCUUUAGCACAUCUUUUUCCCACAGCUUGAUUAUGCAACAGGUUAGGGCAAAAGACCAGGAGGGCAAAUGGGUUUCAGAGAAAGGAAGAAGAGCUUUUGGAAAAAAAUAUGCCAUGAUAUUUACAAGAAUGCACAAAUCCUCUUGGGCUAAGAGCUCACCUGGCUUAGGCAUCAUUUUGCCUGGACUUUGGUUGAUGUACCCCAAUCCUGCCGGGGAAAUUGAGGUGUGGGUGACAGCUUGGUUUUGUUCUACCCCAUCUCUUUCUUCUGUGGGUGCCACUUUCUAGAGAUGAAAACUGUGACUUUAAACAAACAAACAUAAAUAAAGUAAAAGCUUCUGAGCUGCCUAUAGUCUCUUUGGGUUGGUAAGAAAAAAAGACAACCUGAGAAAAAGCAGGCAUCAUUAGGCCCAGAAGUUACAGAACUUGGAAGCAGGGUUUUGGCCAAAAUUCUGAGACCCUAAAUCAUUUUACCUUCCUCUAAAUUACCCAACAUACAGUGAACAACAUCUGUGCAGAAAUAUAUAUGUAUUUAGUUCAGGUUGAAUUGUGUCCUUAUAAACUUACUCAGAUGAUUUCCAUUUUUUACGUGUCUCGGAUUUUUUGGUUUGUCUGUUUACUAGCUACAAGCAUGGCUGCCUGUGGUCUCAAGGUGUUGCAUAACGAUACCUGUGUUGCGCUUCCUGUUUUAACCUACCUCGUUUUGUUUGUUUUUGUUUUGCUGUUCAUCACAGCAGUGUUAUCUCCAGGAGACAUAUAGAGAGCUCAAUUGGCAAUCUCAGGUGUAUUUAAUAUUUAAAAAAAAACAAAACAGUAAUCGAUCAAAUUUGAAUCUUUGAAUAAUGAAAAAAAAAUCAAUGGCAUUUGUUCCCAAGAGAUCACAACAGUUACAGUAAUGGAUUGCUGAAUCUAUUAUUCUAAUGAUUUUGCCUAAAAUAAAUGAGCGGCUGGAUGAGCUGUUAAUGUGAACAAAAUACAAAUUAGAGACCCGGUGGUGCUAUAGUUUGAUAAUUGGGAGGUAGGGGGAGUGGGGGAAGGGAGAAUAUUCAUGUUACAUUGUGAAAUAAUUCCAAAGGGCCAAGGGGCCUAAGUCAUUAACCUUUGGUUUGGAGCAGGUAACCAGAAGAAAUUGAACGAAGAACCCUCUCUGAUUGAUCAGGGAGGUGUCCUCAUUUGGGGUUUCCAAAAUCAGUGCAAUUCUCCAAUGCUCAUUUGCACUGCUCACACCAGUCCAGUGCAACAAAUUCAGCAAUAACUUUUCUGAUUGAACUUAGCAACUAUUCUAACUGUUGUACGCUGUCGUGAAGAAGGAACAGCGAUCUUGGUCUUGAUACUGGCUAGGAUUGCCACCAGCUCUUUAUAUUGCUGCUGGUAUUUUAAAUCAGAGGCUUCUUGAAUUAUGUUGCAAAUGGAUAUAUAUAUUUUUUUUCCUAAGCGACAAGUUCGGAACUCACAGCUUUAAAUGAUUUUUUUAUUGUGGGUCUUUGGGUACAGUUAAGAAAUAAAAGGGAAUCAUUGUGUUUAAACAUAAGGUAGUUUGUGAAUGUAUUUUUUCAAACCUAGAUUCAUUGAAACAGAACCAUGAGAAAAUUAUUCAUGCAGUUGUGUUUACAGUAUGUACAUUAACAUAAAAUAGGACCUGAGCAUUUUUGGUGCCAACAAUAAAACACACAAGUUCAACAUCGA